AUGGCUGCUGCUGCUCCCGAUGACAUCUUGUCUUGGACCAACCAGGACCCUCGCGAAAGCCAACUCUUUAAUUCUUGGGGUGUUCUUUACCGUUUUCAGACUGUCGUCAAUGCGAACGGCACGAGCGUCACCACUUUGUGGCGCGCCAUUCGAGCCACCAAAGAGGACCGUGUCGCCAAGUUGGAGUGGGCUUCCAAUGGCGGCCUUGGUCGCAUUGUAAUGGGCAAGAGUACACUCCCGAUGGCCGAUCUCGUAAGGGUAGACCCUCAAAUUUCCGGAAGCCGUGUUUUCAACGGCCCCGACGGUCAACUGUAUCGUUGGCGACCUGCAAACAACGGCAGCGAUAUACUGCUGCAAGAUCAGAACAACAAUGUCCUUGCUUUCUACCGAUCGACACGACCGACACGUUAUCAGAUUGGUGAUGUUUACGGUGAACUCCAUUUCAUACGAUCCGCUGGCGCAGGAACGGUGAUGCACCCCCCGAUCAUGGACGUGGUCACUGUCACUGCAAUGCUUUAUCGAUUUUGUGCAUUGUUCAAUCUCUAA